CCUGUAAACUUGUAACACGAUCCGCUGCCCUACCCCUCGCCGCUCCUCUCCCGUUCCCCAAUUCAAUCAAUUUCUUCCCGAUUCCAUCCGAUCCCACCGUCUUCCUCCGAUUCGCCGUCGAUCCCCCGCAUGGAAGACGACGAGGACUGCCCUCGGUCGACCGAUGUCGAGGAUUGCGACCUCACCUAUCAGGAAGACGCUAUCCUCCAGCGCCUCGAAGGCGACGGCGAGGAAGAAGGCCACUGGUCACGAUCGUCGGUUAUCACAAAAGAGUCCCUCCUGGCAGCGCAGAAAGAGGAUUUGCGGAACGUGAUGGAGGUGCUGGCCGUUAAAGAGCAGCACGCGAGGACCCUUCUUAUCCAUUACCGCUGGGAUGCCGGGCGGAUCUUCGAAUCCCUAGAUGAAAAGGGGCCGGACCGAUUGUUCUCGGAAGCGGGAGUACUCGCGGCCGUCGGUAACGAAGGUUUGUCCACUCCAGCGAAUCCUCUCACCUGUAAUGUCUGCUUCGAGACCAUUCCCACAGAUGCAAUCUUUGAGACGAACUGCGGGCAUUCUUUCUGCAAUGAUUGUUGGACCGAGCAUUUCAUAGUGAAGAUAAACGACGGACAGAGCCGCCGCAUCAGAUGCAUGGCGCCCGAGUGCAGCGCUGUAUGCGAUGAGGCAAUCGUAAGGAAUUUGGUCGGCGCAAGGUGCCCGGAUAUCGCCGAUCGUUUCGAUAGGUUCCUACUCGAAUCAUACAUCGAAGACAAUGAUAAGGUCAAAUGGUGCCCCAGCGUUCCGCACUGUGGAAAUGCUAUACGCGUCGAUGGGGAUGUUUACUGCGAGGUUGAAUGCGCAUGCGGUCUACGGUUCUGUUUCAGUUGUUCGUCGGAGGCGCAUUCGCCUUGUUCGUGCCCGAUGUGGGAGCUCUGGAUCAAGAAAUGCAGGGACGGAUCAGAAACUGCCAAUUGGAUAGCAGUAAACACAACGCCUUGUCCAAAGUGCCACAAACCCGUGGCAAAGAACGGCGGUUGCAAUCUCGUUAAAUGCAUCUGCGGGCAACCAUUUUGUUGGUCCUGCGGCGGGGCUACGGGAAGAGAACAUACGUGGUCUACCAUCGCUGGUCACUGUUGUGCUCGCUUCGAAGAAGACCAGAUGAAGAAGACUGAGCUCGAAAAGCGUGACUCAUACCGUUAUAGGCACUAUUAUAGAAGGUACAAGACUCAUUCCGAUUCUCUCAAGCAGGAGAGCAAACUCCUGGAGACCGUUCGGAAGAAGAUUUCCAUUUCAGAAGAGAAGCAAUCUAUAAUCAGAGACUACGGUUGGUUGACGAAUGGAGUGAAUAGGCUGUUCAGAUCAAGACGGGUGCUUUCGUAUUCGUAUCCAUUUGCAUUCUGCAUGUUCGGGGAUGAGCUCUUUAAGGGUGAGAUGACAGCAGAGGAGCGAAAGCUGAAGAAGAAUUUGUUCGAGGACCAGCAGCAACAGCUAGAAUCGAAUGUCGAGCAGCUAUCUAGGUUCCUGGAGUUGGAUUUUCCAAGCUUUUCGGAUGAUGAGGUCGCGUGCAUAAUGCAGCACGUUACAAAUCUUUCUAGCGUCGUCGACAGGCUUUGCAGACAAAUGUACCAGUGCAUUGAGAAUGACCUCUUGUAUUCACUUCACCGAGAAAGUCACUGCAUAGCUCCGUAUAAACCCAAUUUUUGAUCUUACACAUGAAGAUUGAUUUUUCCAGAAUCAUUUGCUGCUUAUUCCAACUCAAGACCCAUCGAAGUGUUCUAAAGCUGGCAAUCAAUGGGCAGUCUUACCGUGUGAGCAGUUUCCAGUCAGUCAUUAAUGUCCGUUUCAGAUCGGCAUACAUAAGCCAACAUAAAAAAAUAAUUUAAUCUAUUAGGUUAAUGAUAUUUAUUUUUUUUUUGUUAGAUUCUGUCAGAAGGUUUUGUAGUCAUUAGAGAAAUUCCAUUUUCGCUGCGUUAAUAUCUUUCCUUUAAUCUCACUAUAUAAUUUCAUACUUAAAUGGCUGUCAUAAAUGGUCUGUACCAAUCACCAAAUUUUAAUUUCCAUAUUUAUCUUAGGUUGGCCAUGGAA